AUGAACCCCUUCCACCACCCCUCCGGCUACCUACCCUACCACCCCUCCUACCGCGACAUCUCCCCUCCCCGCAACGCCCACGAGAUGCCGCGCCCAGGAUACCACCCCGCCGACUACCGGACAACAUUCCCCCCUUCUGAUGACCAGUCUCCACCCUAG